CUUAAAUACGUACGCCAUGACUUUUUUCAAGUGUUAUGAGUCGUCAAAAUGGUUGCACCAAAUCGACGUAACGGUGGGGUCCAAUUGCUGCUAAUUUUAGCGGCCGCCAUUAGCCUCACUUUGGCAGCCCCAUCAUUUAAGGAAUUAAAUAAAUUCCGACAGAAACAAAAGAAUAAAAUACUUUCAACUACCACCACUACUCCAGCUCCUCAUACAAAUGCAACAUCUUGUGAAGAAAAGUACAGAAAUGGCGGUAAAUCAUCUUUCGACGAAACUUCCCUAAACACUGAUAUUAAAAGAUUGAUGGAGAGUUAUCACAACUGGGGGGAACUUCUGGCUCAGGCUCCGGUGGCCAUCACUACCUUAGGAAAGCUGAUCAUCAUGUCUAAUCAGAAAUUGGAUUUUCCCAUCGACGAGAGUUUGCCAACUGACGGUUUCAAGCACAUCAAGUACCCCAAGAGUUUCCGGACUACUUUGCUUCAAAUCAGCCAUAGUGGUUACCUGGCCUUCCUCAAAGCUCACACCAACAUGGACAGGAUCCGAAUGUACAAUUCAAACGUGCCCAGCCACAUCAAGGACAUCACCCGCUACCUGAUGUCGAAAAAAGAAAUUUUCAUCGUCAACUUACUGCCGAUUUCGUUGGGGUACAUCAAAAAAGCAGCCGAUCAGAGUAAGGAGCUUUCACAACAAGUGGAGAAGGAAUUUGAACUCGUUGUGAAGUUGAUUCAAGAAACUAUUCAAGCCGUGACAUACACUAAGGGUGGCAAGGAGAUCAAGUUGAGUGAAGUUGUGUUCGACAUAGACGUUUCUAAAAUAUCCCACGACUUUUCCCAGAACGAAACGAAACUCUUGCAAGAAAAGAAGGAAACGCUAAGCAGAAUGCUACUCAAUUUCGACUAUCGUCAGAAAAACAUCUUGGUCCGAACCAUUUACGGCAACGAAGAUUUUGUCAUCAACCUGAGCAAAGAAUGGCUGUCGCAAACCGGAGGACGUGACGAAAAGCACAACCAAGUAUUUUACGGUAAAAAUAAUUGGAUUCACAAUUACACCGACGAACGGGUAGAAGCCGACCUAUGUCUAGAACAAAAUGAUCAACAUCUUUUGGAACUCAUUAUCAACAUGGGUCAGUAUAGAUUGCGUUACGAAUUGUGGCAAAAAUCGUCGAGCAAAGAAAAAUUCGACGGCAGAGAAGACUUGGUCAAACUGGAGACGGGACUAAAAGAUUUGAAAGAUUGCAGCACCGUUCACGUUAUCGUGACUAAAUUCGCUGCUUUAAUCAAACGACUUCAAAACGUAAAGUUUAACACGUUAAAGAAGAACAGUGCACGCCCAGCAGAGAAAGAGAUGAACGAACUUAUCCUUAUAAUGAAUAAAAUACGCUCUGAAACAAAUCUCAAGACAAAAGAAGAACGCAAAUCGACAACAGAUGGGUAUACAAACUUAACUUUAAUAGAAGUCUGGAGAAAAAACCACCUUCGACAGCUGGGAAUGUUGAACAGCAUGAUUAAUACCACCGAAGAAAUUGUGAAGAUCAACAAUCAACAAUUGGAACUAAGACGUCGAAAGACAGAACAAGUUCUGGAUAAACUCAAGUCACUAGACAUCACCAAAACUAAUUUGACUGAAACGAUACGAGCCCUUCAAGAAGGAUUGGUAGAAUUGGUUCAUUUGAAAGGCGUUUGGAGUAAAUUGAUGGAUUUCUACUCCAGAAUGUCCACUUUCAUGGAUGCUGCUGCAUUAGAAAGCAUGGGUCUUAUCCAGUACCUAAGCGUGCCAAUAAAAACGAGCAUAAUUAAUGAUGAGGACAUGUUUGAUUUUUUCUUGGAAAAGAUGGAAAAGGCGAAUGAAGCUUCAUUCCUUGUUCAUCAAAUAUCUGACAUGUACGUCAAUGUAUCAGACGCAUACAUCAUGACACGAAUGGCAAGUUUAGAUAAAAUGGUCGACCCCCUCGAAAUUCAUAACUUGACACAAUAUCAACAAGAUUUGAUAGCGACUACGAAGAAUGACACCGAAAAUAUUCUAAAAUACAUUACAGCUGACGAAAAAUCAUUUAAAGAAGAGCUUGUUGGUCGACACAACCAGAUCAUGGACGAGUACCAAUGGACAUUGGAUUGUAGGAGCUCCGAGGUUGAGUAGUGAAUAUAUGAUUUGUAUCGUCUGUAAUAACCGAAAAGUGUAGAAACGAACAUAUUUUAGAGGUUCGCAUACAACUGCAACAUUUAUUGUCACAAUUAAAAUACUUUCAAAUAUUAUUUGCGUGGAUAAUAAAAUUGUCAUUUUUGUAGACUUAUGUUUAAUGGGGAAAAAAUAAACAAACUUUGAUGGCAAAUAAAAAAAAAUUGCUUUUUUCAAAAAUUCAUAUGUAGACUGCGAUACCCGUUUCAGAUAUAAAGCGAUAAAGUCUUA